UCGCAGCUCAAAUUCUCUUCUAUUGUUAGUUUUCUUUUCUUUUGGUCGGUUUUUAAAAUCUGAUCUGAGCAGGAUUCAGAAUCUUGUCGAGGUGAAAGUGUACGUGGUGUUAAAACAAGCUAUGAGGCUGCCUAUUAGUGUCCAAUUGAACAUGUGGAUUUUGGGGAGGAAGGCUUACAUUAAUAACAGAUGAUUUAAACCAUGAGUUUUUUUUAAAUCUGCUUACUCCUUUCCUCCUGCAACUCCUCCUCUACAUCAUCUUCUAUUGGAGAAGCAAUAUCUCUGCCAUAUGCCAAUAAAUAAUGAACAAAAUGCAGAUUAGAAAAGAAAAUGCAAAUCAAUUGUUCUGGAAUCUACAGUUCAGGAGAGCAAAAUUGGGUGUGUGUUGAAAUUAAACAUGCCACAGAAAGAAGUGAAAAAAACUAAAAAAAGAGAAUAAUGUGCUGAUGUGUCUCAACUGGAAACUUCAAGAAAACAAUCACCAAUAAAUACCUAUUACGGCGUGGACAUUCCUCGAUACGCAAGUGAGAUGGAAGCAACGAGCAAAAAUUUUAUUGCAGAAAGUUUACGUUAACUACGAGGCAAACCAGCAAAUGGACAACCGCAGAAUUAAACAUAAACAAUACCUACAGUUCUGCAGCGGCAUUGUGUCAUUCCCUUCUGAAGACCAACUGAGUAAAGCAUGUCAGGAUAUUUUAAACUACAAAAAAAAAUUAAAAAAAAUUGGGAAUCUUAUGGAAGGUCUGUUUACCGAAUAGGAAAUGCUGCGUUGCAGUGUAACUGGCACUAGUACUUCAAAACAGCCCCUCGAUUCUUGUAAAACCACAGCAUUGAUCGGAAAUGCCUACCUAUAGGGUUUUGUACAGGGUAAUCACAGCUAUGAUAUCUUUUUUCUCAGAUUUCAUCAUUACCAGUUUCCUACAUGUUACGAUAUCUCAAGUAAAGUAACGAAUGGGAAACAAGCUGCGUGAUAAGAGGCAAUUUCAGUCUAGAGCAGCAACUGUAAAUCCAGCCCACUGGAAGUUACAGCAAAACUAAACAAGUUCUUUCUUUUCUUAAAGUUUCCAUUGUUCUAAAUUUCCCUAGAUCGUUGUUAUGUUUGACCAGGUAUAUUGUAAUUUCUGGCGAGUAUCAAAUCGUAUUAGCCGUUACCGUUUUGAACACUGCUGAUACUAAAAAAAAAGGGGGGGGGGAAUAUGGAAACUUCGAGUAGAUUUACCGUCAAACAAGUGACAUGUACGUAUGUUACUCAUUAUUUUGACAUUUGAAAAACAGGGUGUUUCCGCGGCACGCGUGUUAUUUGUUUACGGUUUAUUUUCCAUAUCACGGGGAACUAGGGAUCGGUCUUGCGCUAAUCGGGGUGCUGUUUUGCCUAUUAGGGGAUGCAUUUCGGGGCGGGGCUUUCGGGUGUGGGGCAUUUGUUUUGACCGCCCUCCCCCAUACUCGUUUGGGUUUUAAUCGGGGUGUAAAAGUAAUUGAUUGUUUAUGGAGCGUAAUUGAUCGUCGUGCUAGAAGUGACCUCAUGCAAAGUUCCUUAUUUAAAAUGUGGUGCCAUUUGUUCCGCCAUCUUUUAAAAAAUCGCUAGGGCUCACGGGGCCACCUCUCUAGUGUGCCCCGACCCGUACUGGUGAAGAAAUAGUCCCACCGAUCGUCCCCGAUUGGCUUUUUUGGGGCGGGGUGGGGGGUUUGUGGAUGGCCCGAUUACAGCCAAUCAGAGCUAUUCCCGUGCAGAACAGACAUUAUUAUUUAAUGCGCGCGAAAAUCAAUUUUUUUUCCAUCUUGUGUGUUCAAACCUUUUUUUUUUUUUUAAUUCCGUGUAUCUCGGUUGUUGCAGAAGAUUACUGCUCACAAAUUUUAAGUCAUUUUUGUUUUGUUUUAUUGUGUUUAUUUUUUUAUUUUUUUAAUUGGAACUUUUGGAAGUUUCCUAGUAAACAAACAUUUAAUUGAUCAACUUGGCAAUAGCUAACAUCAGCUCAGAACCCAUAACUGGCAUAACAUCCGCUACCACGUUGAUUUUAGUUUUUCAUUUAAGAGAAAUGUGUAAUCUAAUGAGAAAACUAAUUUUAAAAACCCUCCAUCUUCCAAAGUACUUUUCCUUGCCACCAACUUUUUCUCUGUCCCAAAAAUCUUUUUUAUCUAAUGUGUCAUUUUUAGAAAAUGCAUAUGAAAAUGCCAAAGCAUAUUGCAAAGGAAAGAAACCACCUCCAGAUGUUGAUGUUGAUGGAGUGUUUGCCACAAAUGAACUAGACCUAGACAAAGUUUCUGUGUAUGGGUUUGAUUAUGACUAUACCCUGGCUUGUUAUAAAGAGUCAGUUGAUCACCUUAUCUACAACCUUGGCAGAGAAACACUUGUCAGGAAGUUAAAAUAUCCCUCAGAUAUCAUGAAACUGAAUUACGAACCAGGUUUUGCUGUAAGGGGUCUUCACUUUGACAUUGGAAAAGGAUUACUUCUUAAGGUUGACUCCUUCCAUCAAAUUCAGUUGGGAUGCGUUUACAGGGGUCUUACACCACUUUCUGAUGAAGAUGUCCUGAACUUGUAUGGACAACACUAUAUUCCAGCAGAUUACCUUGAGUCCUAUGUUCACAAUGGAUCCCAGCAGGGUUCCUCAAAAAUGGCCCACCUUGCUGACCUAUUUUCGGUGCCAGAAAUGUCAUUGCUGUGCAAUACAACGGAAUAUUUUGUGAAUAAUAAUUUAGAUUACCAUCCUGAUAUUCUCUUCAGAGAUGUUAAAAGUGCAGUGCAGAGUAUUCAUCCAGUUAUGCAUCAAACUGUGCAGAAAAAUCCUGAGGAUUACCUAGAGAAAGAUCCUCUUUUGGAGCUAUUCUUUGAUAGACUAAUUAAUGCUGGGAAAAAGCUAUUUCUUGUUACGAACAGCCCAUUCAACUUUGUAAAUAAAGGCAUGCAAUAUCUUAUCGGCGAGCAUUGGCGAGAUAUUUUUGAUGUUAUAAUAGUGCAAGCUCGAAAACCUAAAUUUUUUACUGAUGAGAACCGCCCAUUUCGGGUUUAUGAUCUCCACCAACAAGAUCAUGUAUGGGAUAAAGUUCACAAUCUAGAAAAAGGACGAGUUUACUGCGAGGGAAACGUCAGGCAAUUACAGGGAAUGACCGGCUGGAAGGGCAGAUCAGUGCUUUAUUUUGGAGACCAUCCCUAUACUGAUUUGGCAGACGCUUCCCUAGUGCACGGCUGGAAAACUGGUGCAAUCAUCAAAGAGCUUACCUCUGAGAUUAAAACGCUUAAUAAGUCAGAGUUCAAGUGGCACGUCAAUUGGCUUCAAGUCUUACAACAGUUGAUUGAAGAGCAUCAAGACGUCGAAGACGAGCCAUCACAACAACUUAUUAAGCACUGGAUUGGCGAACGCGAUGAGCUCAGGAAAGAAACAAAACAUGUGUUCAACAAACAGUUUGGUAGUUUGUUUCGAACUUACCACAACCCUACGUACUUCUCACGACGUCUUUUUCGCUUUGCCGACGUUUACACGUCAAACGUGACUAAUUUAUUGCGUUUCUCCCCCAAACACACUUUUUACGCUAGAAGAGGUGCCCUACCGCACGAAUACCGAUCUUGGUUCGUCUAAAUGACGAAACUAAAGCUCUCUUUUGACUGGACCCAACAAGGUCUUCCACACACACACACAAAGAUGCCACAUUUGCUGCUCUUUACCCCCUUUUUUUGCUGCAAAGAGAGAGGUUAUUCCUCGCUCUGUGAUGACUUCUAAUUUAAACUUCCAUGGUUUUAGUCAAAGCAAAUUCUGUGUUCUCGCAGCCGAUCGGAAGUGACUUUAACUUCGUUUUAAUGUGUGUUGAUGGUUUGCUGGUAUUGAUGAUACAAUCGCUGUUGACAAAA